UGUGUGUGUGUGUGUGUGUGUGUGUGUGUGUGUGUGUGUGUGUUUGGUGGGUGGGGACUUUGUACCUUUGUCCACACAGACAAAGAACAUCAGAUCUCUGAAAACACCAACCAUGCAGCUGAGAGUCUUCGUUACCUUCAUCAUCUGCCUUCAGAGCUGCUGGUCAGCUUCAGUCUUUCUGGACCCACAGAGGGCCCAUGGGGUCCUGGUCCGGACCCGCAGAUACAACUCGGGCUGGUUUGAGGAAAUGAAGAUGGGAGAUUUGGAGAGGGAGUGUUUGGAGGAGAAAUGCAGCUUCGAGGAGGCCAGAGAGGUGUUUGAGCACGCUGAAACCACGAACGAGUUCUGGAAAGUGUAUUCCAUCCCAGACAGCUGUAAGUCCGGACCCUGCCAGAACGGAGGUACCUGCAUCAACGAGGGGUCGUCCUACACCUGUCUGUGUSUCCCUCAGUUCACAGGACUCAGCUGUGAGCUCGAGCACCAGACAGAGUCAGACAGCUGUCUGCUGCAGAACGGAGACUGUGAACAUUUCUGCGAGGAAGACUCCGAUGGAAAAAGAAUAGCUUGCUCUUGUGCUGAAGGCUACGUGUUGGACGCCGACGGUCGGAGCUGCAACACCAAAGAGUCAACAGCUUGCGGUUCAGUUCCCAUCCUGCAGGGAGCAAAGAAAGAGAAACACCUGAGGAUCGUGGGAGGAACUGAGUGUCCAAAAGGUGAAUGUCCGUGGCAGGUUCUACUGGUGGAUAAAGGUAAAGGGUUCUGUGGAGGAGUAAUUUAUAAACCAACAUGGAUCCUCACAGCUUCUCACUGCCUGGAGAAUACUGAAGCACGAUUCCUAAAAGUUAUUGCAGGUGAACACAACAUAAAUGUUAACGAAUCCACAGAGCAGGUUGUUCAGGUGGUUCAGAUCAUCAUGCAUGAAAACUACGUAGCAAGUAAUGUGGACAACGACAUCGCCCUCCUCCGGUUAGCCUCUCCGAUAGUCUACUCCUUGUACAUCGUCCCGGUCUGCCUGCCAACAAGAUCGCUGGCUGAACGUGAGCUGUGGGCAGUGGAGUGGCACACUGUGAGUGGCUGGGGCAAGCGGAGCGAGAAUGGGCCCACCUCGGUCCUCCUCAGGCACACCAAGGUGCCGCGAAUACGAACCCAGACCUGCGUGGAGGAGAGCAGAGUGGCUCUCACCAAGAACAUGUUCUGUGCCGGAUACCUUGACGGGAGGACGGACUCGUGUAAAGGCGACAGCGGUGGACCGCUGGUGACAGAGUACAAGAAGACCGUCUUCCUGCUGGGCAUUGUCAGCUGGGGAAAGGGCUGUGCCCGACCGGGCAACUAUGGCAUUUAUACGCGAGUGUCCAACUACUUGGAGUGGAUUCAGAACCGAACAGAAACCCCAAAGCUGCCUGAAAAUACCCCAAAGCCUGCACUGACCAACUUGACCAACUUGAAGGAAGCCGGUGCUGCUUAGAACCAUUGAUUAAUAUCUAAUAAUGACAUUUUUAAGUAAUUUCAUUUCCUACAUAUAACAAAAAACUCAGAUUAAAGCUUUAAUAAAAUAUUUAUGUUGUAAAA